AUGAAGUACUUAUUCGUCAUUGCACACUGCGAUCCAAAGAAGGAAUCAACAACAUAUUCACUAUCAAAGUUUGUGAAAAAUGAACUCGAACAAGCUGGACACGAAGUCAAAGUUGUUGAUCUCAUUGAAGAUGGAUUCAAAGAAUGCCCAUCUAAAGAUGAUUUCAUUAAUAUUGGUGAUAAACCUUUCUUUUAUCCGUUCCUCCAAAAGAAUGACAAUUUAAUUCCUCUCAUUAAGGAACAUCAGCAAAAGUUAUUAUGGGCUGAAAACAUCAUCGUUUUCGCUCCUAUUUGGUUCUUAGGUCUCCCAGCAGUUUUCUAUUCAUAUAUCCAGAGAGUUUUCACAUAUGGCUGGGGUUACACACUUGGAGGCAAGAGAGAUGGAAUGCCACUCUUUGGAAGAAGAAUCAUGUUUGUUGUUGGUACAGGAGCGCCUAAACCACACUACUUGCCAAACGAAUCUGCUACAACAAUCGAAGGAAUACUUUACCACGUUACGAACACAAUGUAUUACAGUGGAUUAGACUGCAAGUAUUCUUUCCCUGUGUUCACAGCACCUUCGCUUAAAGGAGAUGACAGAAUCAAGAAAUUUGCUCAAGUUUCAGAAGCUGUGAACAAUAUCGAGAAAAGGAAAUCUCUUCCAUUUGAAGAAAAGCACACUGGAAAUACUGAAGUUGCUACUUUCUCAAACCUCCAGUACAUUGACUAA